AUGCGAUGCUUGUACGUUUAUUUGCUGCGUCGGUUGCUCGCGAUUUUAUGGAUUGCAACCUUUCUUAUUGGUAUUACUGUGUACUCCCUAAGUAAAUAUAAUGAUGCGGUGGAUCAUGAAAUCCAAUUAAACUUCGAAAAUCGAUUACAUAGGUUGCAAGACGAUUUGAAGAGGACUCAAAUGUUGUUAAAGGAUCGAGAUCGGGAAUGUUAUUUAUCCAACAAUUUGCCAAAAUUGUUAGCUAAUGAUACAAAGGAAUUGGCACUACCACUACCAACAUUUAUCGACUUUUUGCCUCAUCUCUAUACUGUUCCGAAUCACGCUUUACAUCCUGCAUUAAUUUAUCCAAAUAAUUUUUCAAAGAUGAAAAAGACGGACCUUGUUAUUGGCAUACCAACAGUUGCUCGGCUCAAUCAAUCUUAUUUGAUACCGACGUUGCAAUCAUUAAUCGGAGGAAUAGCAAGCAGUGAAAUUAAAAUGGUCACAAUUAUUGUUCUCAUUUCCGACAGCAAAGGCCCCAAUUCUUCAUUCGUAAAAUAUCAGUGCACUUUAUUGCAGUCAGAAUUUCCUUUUGAACUAAACUCUGGUUUGCUAACGGUUAUUGUUCCACCUAACGAGUGGUAUUCUGAUUUAUACUCUAUCACUCCGACUUUUAAUGAUUCUCCAGAACGAAUGUAUUGGCGUACGAAACAGAAUUUAGAUUAUAUGUAUUUGAUGUUAUAUUCCCAACAACGAGGUGAAUAUUAUUUACAGCUAGAAGAUGAUGUACUCGCAAAACCAGGAUACGUCAGUCGCAUCAAAAAGUUUAUUGAUGGAAGAAUGACCGAUGAUUGGCUCAUGCUUGAGUUUUCAUCCUUAGGCUUCAUUGGAAAACUUUUUCGAACCUCCGAUCUUACAUUGUUACUACAGUUCAUCGCAAUGUUCCAUAAACAGAAACCAGUGGAUUGGUUGUUAGAUCUGCUGUUUGUAAAUCGAUAUUGUCAUCCGGAGAAGUCCGCUAAACAUUGUGCUGAGAUUGCGAAGCAGCACCGCAUUCGACAUCGACCCUCUCUUUUCCAACAUAUAGGUGUUCACUCUUCGCUGGCAGGGAAAGUGCAGAAGUUACGGGAAAAAGAUUUCGGUAAGGCGCAACUUUAUAUACCACAUCGCGAUAAUCCUCCCGCUAAGAUUACCACAACGCUUAAAACUUAUAUGCUCUUCGAUAUUGAAAAUGCUUAUACCGGCAACAACUAUUAUUGGGCUUUUGCUCCAGUUGCUCAGGACUACAUAUUAUUCGAAUUUUAUUCUGCUAUUGCUGUGAUUGGCAUUGUUAUUCGUACUGGUAAUCCCGAACAUCAAUAUGACAUAUUGGAUGAAAAUGCGGAAGUGCUACUGAGGAAAGUGAAUGAAGACAAUUUCACCUCUAUAGCCCAUUUCAAUGAACGUGGUACUAUACGAGUCGACUUCACUAAGAGCGUCAGAGUGACUUCAUUGAAAAUCGAAAUUCAUGAGGAAAGCUCCAACUGGCUAAUCAUCAAUGAAAUGCAUAUCAUUGUAGAAUAA